GAAAGAACAGUCUCUGUUUCGACGAUUAUUGCUCAACACCGAGUUUGCGUGUAUGAGGUAGAUCGACAAACCUAUACAUUUUCAUGAAAGAAUGAUACCAAAGGAUUGAACUUUUCUGCCGAUAUGCGUCGGUGGUUUUACUAGCCUAUCCGAUAUGCGUCGGGCUUUACCAGAGCGCCUAUCAUCACUGGUGCAUGCGAAAAGUUUUCUUUUCUUUUAUAUACACUGUUUCGUUCGUAGAAAAUCUACGAACCCCUUGUAAAUCUUUUUCAUGACUAUUUAUGUAGCAUGGACCAAAAUAGGCCAAUGAGCGAUGAGGAACCUGGAGAUGAUAUUUAAUUGCUUGAAUCAAAGUGAUCGAUCACCAAAUAAGGCUGACGCCCGCGACGUGUCAGUCUCCAUAAACGCGAUCAGUAUAUUUGCCAUAAGCCCGACGCAUAUCGGAUAGGCUAUAGUUUGACAAGAACAAGAAAUCGACUGUGGCGUUGAUACAUUUUGGAGAUCGCAGUGAAGUACAAAGUGAGUCGGAAAAUGUGGAUGGACACAUGUUAAGCCAUUACCUGACGUGAUAAACUUUGAACAUAGAUGAUUUUAUCAGAUUGAAAUCUUUUAAUCUCAAUCUUCCAGCGUUCGACGGCCACUUAAUUGGACCAAGAUGUCAGCAUCGUUUCGAAAAGUUCCAUUGAAAUAUUCCUUCAUCGCAAUUUCGAUCCUCGUUGUUGUACAUAUCCUGACCAUCAUAAUUUAUCGCCCUAUUAGCACUUCCACUGAUGAGCCAAAGCCUUGGGACAUGAAACGAGUCGACAAAACUGCAAAACAAACAAGCUUGAGCCCUAGGAAGAACGAUUCAACAAAAGAAACGCUUUCAGACCGUCCCAUCGGCCCAGGGAAGGUUCCUCCCAUAUUACCAGACAAUCGAAAUAUUAAGGAUAAAUCCAAAUCCUACUCAAAAUCUGACAACCAUGUGGAAAAGGGACGUUCUUUUAUAUUAGGAGAUUGCUAUCGCUACAAUUCUCACGGUAAACAACUAUUACCAAGCGAAACUUUGAGAAAGAAUAACUGCCAGAAACGACUUCCAAAGGCCGUGAUUAUUGGUGUUAAAAAAUGUGGAACGUGGACUAUUCGACAAUAUCUGGGACUUCACACCUCGAUCACCAUCAACGGUGAGACUCAAUUUCCUACAAGCAUUAAUAUCACGGCAAAGGAUGUCUCAAAAUGGAAGGAUGAAAUGUAUUAUUCAAGCCCGCGCACGCUUCCCAUGACGGAGACUUCUCAAUAUGUUAUAGCGCGCGUUGAAUCCAAACGACGCUUGAAGGCUUUCCUGGAUGACGACUUAAAAAUCAUCGUCAUCAUCCGUGACCCUGUCACUCGUGCCGUAUCUGACCAUGUCCACAAGCUCUUUGAGGUCUUCCAUAGUAGCUUGCUACGCAACGAAUCAUUUCCCAUAACUCACGAGGGUGAUGUUCUGCGUGAGUCCAUCAAGGAUACUAUCAUCGACGUAUCAACGGGACGGUUAAGAGAUGGACAACAACUUGUGCGCUUUGGUCAAUACAUUACCUAUCUAAGAGGUCUGCUGGAGGUCUACAGCCGUGAUCAGUUAUUUAUUCUAGACGGUGAAGCUUUCAUUGAAGAUCCUCUCCCAAGUCUACUGCGUGUCGAGACAUUUCUGGGGGUUCCCAAGUUCUACAAAAGAGACCACUUCCGGGUGAAUCCUCAGACUGGUUUCUAUUGCGCGCAUGUUCCUGAGCGUCCAUUCUAUCACUGUGCUGACCCGAAACGUAAGGGUCGUCCGCAUCCUACCCUUGAUGAUGAUUUAGAAGGAAAACUUCGAGAUUAUUACCGUCCCUUUAAUCUGCAGCUAGCAAAGGAAUUCGAUCUCGACUUUCCUUGGUUGUUCCACUGAAAUCCACCAGAGGCAUGUACGAAGCAACAAAUAUACUGAUAUAUAAAUUCAGCAUAAUUAUCAUAGAGUGACGUCAAGAAAACGAGAGUGACGUCAUGAAAACGAUGGCUUCAGGCGGCGGUUUUGAAGGCUAGGCGGGAAAAUAUCUAAAUCCUCUCGAUCCAUGGUUUUGUAUAUACCGAAAAUCUAUGCAGUAGUAUGAAAAAGAGCAAAAGUCAUACUUCUUCAGAAAGAGAUCCAUAUUUUCUCAGGAAAAAACAAGAUUCUACGAAAAAAUCAGCAACCAUGGCGAGCAAGACACGUGAGGCGGCGAGCAAGGCAUGCGAGGCGGCAGCCAAGGCAGACAUGGCCGAGCUGACCAACACGAUUGUGAGUCGAUUUGAUGGGCUGGCCGCCAAUGUGGCAACCAUUAAAAAAGACAUUACCGAACUGCGCAACGGACUAAAAUACCUAAAAGCGACAACUAUCGACUCAUCCGCAAGAAUAAAUGAUUUAGAACAGAGCAUACCUGCAUUAAAGAACGAACGCUUAAAGGCAGAGAAGGAGCUGAGAGAAGCCAUCUUGGCGAUGGACAUUCACAACAGAAAGCAUAAUCUACUGAUAUACGGAAUAGCAAAGGAAGCAGGAGAGAAUGUGCAAAGAAAGGUACGAGAUGUGAUUGGAAAUUUGGGGUUAUCGGGAGAAGUUGUCACAAAUAUGCCGUUGAUAAACGCCCAUCGACUGCCUCGUAGAUACCCUGGCCCACCGGGAGAGGAGCGAGGAACCGACCCCUUGAUUGUACGAUUCGGUACCAUGUUUGACCGUGAUCUGGUACUACGGCAGUAUCAAUAGAAACAACGCGACUUAAUGGUGGCUGCGAGGGAAAAUCGUGUUGCCCAGAACCGACUUCCAUUCAGGCUCCUUGUCGACCUACCCCCACUUUUGAAGCGACGCCGUUUCGAGCUAGAAAAAUGUGCCUACAGAUUAAGGAAAGAAGGAAAUCAGUCAACGAGAAUCCGCGUAGUUGGAAUCGAAGUAGUGCGAGAGAAGCGAGAGAAAGGUUCGACAACGGCUUGGAAAAGAGAAGUUGAGUAGAGUCUAGAUUGAAGUUGAAAAAUGUCAUCAUCAUCAUCAUGGUCACCAGUUCAUUUUCCUGUAUAUUUUGUUGAUAUUGAAUUUAGUAUUGAUACCGUCAAUACUACUAAAGCGAUUUAUCUUUAUCGAUUGAAAACUUUAAAAGUGUGACUACUACUACUAGUAUUACAGACAAACAAAGGAAAAGAAAGAAAUCAACCAAGAUUCCUGUCAUCUGAAUCGACUGUCAUAAUGAAACAGACCAAGGAAAACAAGUCUACAUCUACAUCGGCUUGAAGUUGAAGGACUAAAAGACUAAGAUAUCAACUGAUGGUGAGGAAUUUUGUAAUUAUCUUUGAUGCAUUUUCUUUCUUUUUUUAUAUAGGAAUCAAAUAUUCAGUUUGUAUCACUCCAAAGUGACAAAUAAAAUGUGUAUGUCGAUACGUAAGAUUUGUAUAGGCCUAUUCGUUUUUCCUAUUCCAAAAAUAUUAUUUACAAUAUAAACUCCAAUAUUUCUGGGAAGAAAAAAUGGAAUAGUGAUACUGACGAAGUGAAGAAUGUUGAGAAUAAGAUUCAAGCAGUUCUUUUGGCAAUGAAGAAAAGCCAUGCAUAUGAUGUACAUCAUGAUAUUUUGUAUUAUGUCCAAUAGUAAAUUACCCACUAUUUUGUUGUUGUUGGGAAUGUUGGUAUGUAACAAAUGAAAGGAGAGAAUGUGGUUAUAACACUGUAAAACAGUUCGAAAAUCAGGCAGAUUAUUCCUUGCAUUUAGAUUUUGUCUGUCUAAGAUAUUUAGUGUGAAAUGAACAUAAGCAUUCUUUUGAUUUGAACUUAAUUUCUUUAUAUCCAUAGAAAAUGUCAUUUUCAGAGGAUGCUCUGAUUUUGAUACGUUUUCAUUUUGUAACUUAUUGUAGUAUUCCUAAAAGAGGGAGGAGUAUAAAUCAAAAUUAUCAGAAGGAAAUUGCCUUGAUAUUUCCACCCUUUGAUUUGGUGUUUAUUGUUGAAUUUCUUUCUUCUUCCUUUUUACAAUUUUUUUUUACUCGGAAAUAAUUAUGUCGGGAAAAAGCCAUGCAUAAUUAUGAUGUAGACCAUGAUAUUAAAUUUUUGUAUUAUGCCCUUUUCUUGUCCAAUAGUGAAUUACCCAGAAUUUUUAUUUGGGUAUAUUACAUAAUGAAAGGAGAAAAUGUGGAUAUAACACUGUUUAAAACAGUUCGACAACCAGGCAGAUUAUUUUUUGUAUGAAUUUUGCCUGUGUGAAACGCAUAAUUUUUCACCGUUCAAAUGCAACUAUAUUCAUAGAAUCAAGCUGUACAAUUUCUUUGGUAUUCAUGCAUGUAAUAGGUUUUAGCUUGUUCGGGGACCUUUCAGCAAUACCUGAAUAUAUGUCAUGGAGAAUGGACAGGGGAUCUUAGUUUUUAAUGAUUUGAACAUACUUUCCUCAUAUCCGAUAAAAUGAGUAUUUAACACAAUUUUGGUAUAGGAAGAGAAAAUGUUAUGUUCAGAGGAUGUUCUGAUUUUGAUACGUUUUUAUUUUUCACUUAUUGUAGUACCCCUACAGUAAAAGAGGGAGGAGUAUGAAUUAAAUUUGUCAGAAGUAAAUCCUUCUUUAUAUAUCUACUUUUUAAUUUGUUUGUUGUUGAAUUUUUGUUUUACUCGAAAAUAUGUCGGUAGAAAAACCAUGCAUAAGAUGUACAUGAUGAUGUUUGGUAUUAUGCCCUCUGCUCGUAAAUUACCCACUAUUUUUGUUAGAUUUAUAACAUAAUCAAGGCAGAGAAUGUGAAUAUAACACUGUAACGUAGUUUGAAAACCAGAAAGAUUAUUCCUUAGGUAGAAUAAAUGUCAUGUUCAGAGGAUGUUUUGAUUUCGAUGCGUUUUUAACUUUUUCACUUAUUGUAGUACUCCUAAAAAGGGAAGGAUUAUGAAUCAAAGUUGUCAGAAGUAAAUUUUCAUUAUAUUUCCA